AUGACCUCAAACAACACGAGAAAUUCGCUGAUGGGCUACACGAAAAAGUUUGAAUCGAAAUUCGUCCACACACACGAAAAUGUGACCUCUGACUACACCUGCCUGCUCAUAUGCCUGCAUUUUCAACUAGUGUCCAAGUGUAAAGACCCAGAGAUCAUUGGCACGAUUUUUGAUGAGAUCGCCAAACAGUGCAGUUGUGCUCCAGGCUGGAAAGGAAUUCUCUGCUCAGAAAGAGAUUGGAUUGUUGAUGUUGAUUGCAAAAAAGAUUGCAGCGUUAACCAAGGCGGGUGCGGCCCUAAGCAAGUAUGCCUGGUGUCAUUAAUCAACAAAAAGCCCUGGACAGAAUGUGCUUGCAUACCUGGCUACCUAAGGGUUGACUAUUAUACAUGUAAAGGUCAUACAUACGCACACAGACUUAUCGGACAAUCUAAUUACACAAAAUAG